AUGCUCAAGGCAUCGACGACGUGACCUGCUUCACCUUCUUGACCCCGCCUGUAGCUCCAUUAAAGGUCGGGCUAUUUGUUUAAGUCACCUUGAGCCUCGCUCAGUCCGGCUCCUUCCUCACGCUGCUCAACCGUGUUUCCUUCUCAAUCCAUCAGCCUCUACCGUGGAAUCACCUUGUAAUCAAGGUGCUCUCCCCGCUUGAGCUCCACCUGCCCGCUGCUGGCUACCACGUCUCGCCCUACCAACGCUCCUUUGACCAACAACUUGGAACCCCUCUUUCUUACUGACAUCAGAGCGACUGUUUCCUGAACAUGGCUCAAACCUUCCACAUCGUCCUCAAAGACGACAAGGGCUUCGACGCCCAGGGAAGCCGCGAGUUUGACUUGGUGUUGAACUCAACCUUCCCCAUCGGCCGCUCAUCCAGAAACGCAGCCAAGCCAGAGCUCAUGCCUGCGUCUGACAACGCCUACAUCGACAGCCCAGUCGUCUCCCGAGACCACGCCGUCUUCUCCGCCAACGCCAACAGCGGGGUACCUCAGGUUUACGUCAGUGAUAGUGGCUCCAUGCAUGGCACUAUGGUGAAUGGCGUGAAGCUGGUGCCCAACACGCCUGAACCACUGUCCACUGGCGACUUGCUGCAGUUUGGAGCCGACGUCAACCGCAACGAGAGUACGUACCUCUACAGCCGUGCCAAGCCAGCUGACACUCACCCACUUCUAGGCUACUUCGUCGCUCGUAAAUACACCUUCGCCUCUCGCCUCGUACUGCCGCAACACAUGUUUUCACACGGCUUCACCGUCCCUGAAGCUGAGUCGGAAGUCGAGGAAGUCAAUCACUCACCACGUCGCGGCAGUCAGCAGAACCCCCUCACACUCGAUGAUUCCGACUCCGACUCGGCCUCUGAAUCAGACGAAGCACAAGACGCCUCAGCUGAAGUCACCAUGUUUGAGCAAGAGGCCGAUCUUGACGACGAGAUUCCUCUCGCUGCUGCCGACAACCUUCUGAGCCACUUGGUGCCACAACCAAGCCCUGCCGUGAGCUCGCUUGAUGUUGAGGAUGCCUACUCCGGAGAAGAGCCCCAAUUGGUUUACAUCAUGGACAACGACGAUGACGACAACGACAGUAAUUUAGAGGAAGUCGACGACGACAUGUUCAGUAAUCUAGACGAAGUUGACCUGGCUACGAGCGUCUCAGUAAUAAGAGGCGUAGAUGUUGAGGCUGAGGAAACUGUCGAUAUGGUUCAUCAUACCGGAUCUACCUACGAGUCGUCCGUCACAAUGUCAGUACCUCCUGAGCGGUCACCCGAAGCAAGUUCGUCGGCUCUCCGCACGAGGGAUUUCUUCUGGAGUGGCAUGUCUUCCGAGGAUAUGCAUGUGCAAGCACGAGAGCUUCCGUCUUUCGGUGCCUUUAUCGAUCAAACUACCUUUGCCGACUCGGUAGCUCCCCCUCUGCCUCCACGUCCAGCAGCACCACAGGCAGUGCCUUGGAGUCGUAUGGACCUCACAUCUUCUGUACAAGCAAAUGACAGCCACGAACGGCUUUCGGAGGAAUUCCCCGGUCACAACUAUCUAGGUACCAACUUUGGUGAUCGGCCAUCUCUGUUCAGUCCCGCGCCUCUAACCUCCCAGAAAGCUUCUCAAGGAGGUUUUAAUGGCUGCGAGGGUGCUCUAGAUUUCCAGACUGUUCCAGCUGCGGGUCGCAUCCAAACACCUCCACCACUGCCAAAUUCUGACCUUACGACCUCUACGACGCCACCGCCGAGUCGCAGAACCAAGGUAUCUAUUACGGAGAUUGUCGAGGAAGUCGAUGAUCAGCCACCAACACCUACUUCUAUGAAUGGCGUGAAGCGCAAGGCAGAUGUUCUUGGAGAGGAAGCAAGCAUCCCAACAGUACUGUCAACGACGACUGGGGUGGACAAGGAUUUCAUUGGCGAUGCUGUCGCUACCGAGGGUGCUGCUGAAGUCGCUGCUGUCAUCGCCCGCCGUCCGAAGAAGCAACCUCGUUCCAUCAUCAGCAGGACACUCAGGACGGCAGCUGCAUACAUCGUUCCCGGAGCGGCAGUCUCCUUUGCUCUACUUGCUACGCUCCCACAAUCCGUCUUCGAACUCUAGACGGAGUGAAUUCUUCUCUCUUCUGAUGAUAUCUUGCCUACUAGACAGGCCAUUCACUCUUUUACUUCUUGGGUUUCGGUGUUCAGGUCAGACGGAAA